AUGGCAAGCUCCAGUGACUUAUCCCUAAGACCACUCGUAACAAGUACCAGAAUAAUGUUCGGGCUUCUUCCUGGCCUGGGGGCAUUAAUAGUCUUGCGCAUGGCAAUACAUUUAUACAGACCAGAUAUAGAAGAUGCUAAGCAUCGAGUGCGAGACCACCCAUUUGAUCAACUCUACGACUGUUACGAUUUCAUCAUCGUCGGUGGCGGCUCCGCUGGUUCUGUACUCGCUAAUCGGUUAUCAGAAAACACAGACUGGAAUAUUUUACUGUUAGAAGCCGGACAGGAUGAAAAUGUGCUUUCAGAAGUCCCAGUAUUGUUCCCCGUUCUUCAAACAUCAUCUAUCGACUGGAAGUUCGUUACAGAACCUAGCACUGAAUACUGUUUAAGUAUGAUCGAUAACAGAUGCAAGUGGCCUAGGGGAAAAGUUCUAGGAGGGUCAAGUGUUUUAAAUGCAAUGUUAUAUGUGCGAGGAAACAAACGCGAUUACGAUAAUUGGGAGAAAAUGGGGAACACGGGAUGGUCGUAUAAAGAAAUACUAAAAUAUUUUCUUAAGGCUGAGGACAUGAGGAUACCGGAAUUUAUGGAUGAUCCUUAUCAUUCAGUAGGAGGUCCCCUUACAAUUGAAAAUUUUAGAUACGAACAACCAAUUACACGAAAAAUUUUAGAAGCCGCUCAAGAACUGGGUUACGAUGUGUUAGACGUUAAUGGGGAAUAUCAAACCGGUUUUACAAGAUCACAUGCUACUAUUCGCGACGGUCUACGCUGCAGCAGCGCCAAAGCAUAUUUAAGGCCAGCAUCUAAUAGACCUAAUCUUCAUGUCAGUGUCCAUUCUUUGGUUGAAAAAGUUCUUAUAGAUGAAAAUAAAAAAGCUUAUGGAGUUAAAUUUACAAAACAUGGUAAGACAAGGAUAAUUAAAGUGUCUAAGGAAGUCAUUCUAUCUGCUGGAUCUAUACAAUCACCACAAUUAUUAAUGCUGUCUGGUAUUGGACAUAGUGAUGAGUUAAAAGAAGUUGGUUUAUACCCCAUAGCGCAUCUUCCUGGAGUAGGAAAAAAUUUACAAGACCAUAUCGCCCUCGGAGGACAUUCAUAUCUUUUCAACAAUCCCUUUACAAAUGGAUCGGAUUACUGUUUUAAUCUGAACACAGUAUUUUCUGUUGGUAGUCUAAUCGAUUUUGCUUUCCACAAAAAAGGCCAACUAUACAGCAUGAUGGAAGCAGAAGCAAUGGCAUUUAUCAACACAAAAUAUCAAGACCCUUUAGAAGAUUAUCCAGAUAUUCAACUAUUUAUUGCACCGACAGCUGAUAACAUGGAUGGUGGUUUAUUUGGGAAACGCGCAAAUGGAUUAACCGAUGAAGUCUAUUCUGAACUUUACGAAGAUAUUUUAUACGAAUCGUCAUUUUCCAUAGUACCUUUACUUCUAAGACCUAAAAGUCGGGGGUUCUUAAAAUUGCGAGACGCCGAUCCAUAUUCCCCGCCCCUAAUUUACCCGAAUUACUUUUCGGAACCAGAGGAUAUACUAAGAAUGAUUGAAGGGGCGAGAUUUGUACAGGAAUUAGUACAACAACCAUCGCUACAAGAAUUAAAUGCGCGGCCUAAUGCAAAUCGAAAUCCAGGUUGCAAAGAAUAUGAUUUAAUGUCUGAUGAGCAUUUAGAAUGUCAAGCACGACAUCACACUCUUACUAUUUACCAUCCCGUCGGAACCUGCGCAAUGGGUCCUGAUAACGAUCUACAAGCUGUUGUCGAUCCAAGAUUAAAAGUUUACGGUGUGAAAAACCUGAGAGUGGUCGAUGGUAGUGUAAUGCCAAAAAUUGUCAGUGGCAAUACUAAUGCACCAAUCAUAAUGAUAGCAGAAAAGGCAUCGGAUAUGGUAAAAGAAGACUGGAGCCGAACAACUACUGAUUCACACUGUUCUACUGGUUUUUAUAAACGAGUAGAACAAGAAGACGGAAAGUCAACGGUGAAUAAAAAUAACUCUAGUCAAGUUAUUGACUUUUUUAACGAAACAGCGAAUCUUUUCGACUAUUUAUCUAAUAAAACCAAUCGAAACUCUACUUCAACAUUGAAAGCGGAAUCAUCAACAGUGAGUCAACAACACAUUAUGACUACAACACAGAGAACAAGAAAACAUAGAAGGAAAUCAAAACAUAGGCCUUCAUAUAUACCAUACCCCUACAUACUCCCCGUACCGUAUAUGCUACCUUAUUAUCCUAAUGAACAAAAAGAUUAUUAUAAUUCCUAUCCUCAACCGCAUUGGUUUGCUCGAUAUUUACCAAAUCAACCAUUUUGGCCCUACAAUGGAAUGAUAAAUGAACCAAAUAUGUAUUAUAGCAGUAUGACGGGCGACAUUGACCCAGACAUUCCCACUAAAAAUCCCUACUAUUUUAAUGACGACACAGAAAUCUCGGAUGACAGAUACGAAAAAUGCAGACGUUGGAUAUAUUACGAUGGCUUUAAUUAUAGAGUGGGAAUGUAA